UCCGCGCGUUACGUCAGUCACCAACACGGUUACCAUGGUAACGGUGACGCUGAUCUCCGUCCGAUACGCGUCUGGACGUACGUCGCGGACGGGAAGCGUCGUCAGUGCGGGGUAGAUGCGAGACUCGUCACUUCGCGUGUACGUCCACGCAGGAAUGCGCGCUGCACCAGUAGUAUAUACACAUAGUGUAGCAGCAGUAGCUAUGACAACCUUGUGUACCAGCGGCCGCGGACAUGUGCCAUACCAGUCGAAAGACACGACGACGACGGCGAUCAUCCUUCCGACCGUUUCGGAGUGGCAAAAGUUUAUUAGUAUGUCACCUGAACGGGCAGUUUCCCCACAGGAGGAGAAAGUGAUGACUCCGAAAAUGUCAGUUCCGGGUAGUCCUGUUGCAGGAACCCCGGCCCGAGACGAUCAAUCGGCAUUUACCAUCCUGCUGGCGGUCGCGCAAAGCCAGAGCAGCAAGGCCUCCGACGACGAUCUGACCAGUCUCUCCUGGCUGCAGAACAAAGAUCUGCUGAAAGAUAUGAAUUUGGUAAAUCCUUCUCCUUCAAAUAGCGUACAGACUAGUCCGACAAAAUGGAAUACUUCUAUACUUUUAGACCAAUCACCGACGAGCGACUAUGUCGACGAUUCCUCCAUAUCGGCGGCGGACUCGUCCAGUAGCUCGCUUAACUCUCCAAUCCCCUUAACGCCACAGCCGCCGAACAAGCAGCAGGCUAGGUACAGGCAUCCACACACGAUACCCUAUGACCCAAUGGUGCACGUCACAAACAAACCUCCCUACUCGUUCUCCUGCCUCAUAUUCAUGGCCAUCGAAGACUCGUACCAAAAGGCAUUGCCGGUCAAGGAGAUAUACGCUUGGAUCAUGGACCAUUUUCCCUACUUCAAGACGGCGCCGACGGGCUGGAAGAACAGCGUGCGGCACAACCUGUCGCUGAACAAGUGCUUUCAGAAAGUCGAAAAGGCACCGAACCUAGGAAAAGGUUCGCUGUGGACAGUGGAUCAGCAGUAUCGCCCGAACCUGCUGCAAGCUUUGACCAGAUCACCUUUCCAUCCCUGCUCCACCCUCGAUCCGAGCGACUACUACAAAUCCAAACCCUCCGAGAAGCUCAACGCCACCACCAACAGCAACAGCAAUAGUAACAGCAACAAUAACAAUAACGGCAGCAGCAACAACAACAGCAACAGCAACGCUUCGUCGCGUCUGCCCAAUGCCGAACUUUUCCCAUUCCUAUCGACCGAGAUGAGCAGGUGGGUCAAAACGGAGACGACCGACGCCGAUUCGCUGGACGCCGUCGACGCCGCCACCGUCAUGCUCAGCCUGCGGGACGGACCAAGGCAUAGGAUGAAGAAAAACAUGGUCAUCACCACGUCACCAAGUCAAGAUCACACCUACUCUGCAGCGAAUCAAAACGGUUCCAUCGACGAGGCUUUCGAAAGCGAAGACGAAAGGGUGCCGAAUACGCGUAGGAAAAUAGAUUUCGAGGACGAGGAGGAUCGAAGGAUCAAGGAAGGAGCGGACGCGCUCCUGAACCUUGCGGGAAUCCACACGAGGAAACGAACGAAUUCGGAGUGCAACAGCGCGAACGGAAAACGGAUCAAGACGAACGGGGAGGAAAAACCGGAGAAGAGUUCACAGUUUCGGCCGAGGAUGCUCAGGAAGAAGAAAGAGACUAGGAGACCCACGAACACCAGUAACAACAACAACAACAAUAGUAGUAGCCAUAACAACAACAAUAAUAACAAUAACAAUAGUUUCUUGCAAACGGACGGCGAUUGGGCGAAAAGAAGGAAAGACGUGAUUGAACCCAAGCAGUCAAGGUAAUAAUACUUUUUAAGAUUAUGGCGUCGCGACGCCAUAGUUGGAGACAUAGUUAAUUU